CACAAGCAGACAUGUCAUCGAGCCCUAGACCGACGUUGUCGCCCAGCACCAGUCUCGAAAAGAUAACUCCCCCGAAGUCUCUUGGGCGCGAUGCAAAGCGGGUCGUAUUCGAUCACUUAUCGCGCCAACUAGCUGCCUUUCGUAACACAGCGACUUUGUACGCCGAUAUGGAGAUGGGUACCUUGGAACAAGGAGAGUCAAUGGAUCCUGAUGUUCAGCGCGAAAUGGAGGGGUGGAGAAGGGAGUAUAAAGAGGCCUUGAAUGAAUGGGUCCAAGGAUUCUUGAGGAAGGCAUGGGUUGUCUGCUAUGAAAAAGAUGAAGAUGAUUGUCCCAUACUGGAUCCAUACGCCGACACAUCUACAGCAGAAACAAAACCAAGCUUGCCCUCAAGAAGUGACAUGGCUCAACUGAUAAACGCAAUCCUAUUCAUAUAUCUCACCACCUCCCAGACCAAGCAAUACUCGGCUCUCACGAGGGCUUUCUUCUCUGCAUACGGGUACAACGACCUGAUCGACGAGAAUGCCAUCACAUGGACCCUCCAAAACCCAGAGGAAGCCGUGAAACAAGCGGAAGCUCGCCAACAGGCUCUAAAGACCUCGGACCAAGUCGUGGAAUCUGUCAAGAAAUCUCAUGCACUGGAAUCGAGAUUCAUGCGAAACGUUGGGAUAGGGCUGGGAACUAUAGUGGAUGGAGUGCUAAUCGGCAUGACUGGUGGACUGGCAGCUCCUUUGGUGGGUGCUGGUUUGGCAAGCGUGUUGGGUUUCUUUGGGCUAGGAGGGACCAUUUUGGGGCUGGUGGCGACAGGUCUUGCAGGAUCAGGGGUCGUAUGUGGUGCGUUAUUUGGUGUAUACGGGGCCAAGUCGACGGCGGAGAUGGUGGAGAGACAUACGAGAGAAGUGAGGGACUUGAAGAUUGUCCCUGUCAGGACAAAGAAAGGGGAACAAGCCAAGGAGAUGGAGAGAGGAGACAGACAGCGAGGAAAGGCGGGUGAAACCUUGGCAGUCAGACUGUGUAUCAGUGGGUGGCUAAACGACAAGGACGACGUGGUUGCCCCCUGGACCAUCUUUGGCGGAGACGAUACCUAUGCUCUGCAAUGGGAAAUCGAAGCCCUUGAAGAACUCUCCAAUGCGCUUGUGACCUUGAUCACCUCGCAUGCAAUGAAAUACGUCAAAGGAGAAAUUAUCAAGCGCACGAUGUUGGCAGGGCUCAUGGCAUCACUCGCACCUCUGGCCCUUCUGAAAAUUGGAGAAAUUAUUGAUAAUCCCUGGAUGAACGCGAAAGCCUUAGCGAUCAAAACUGGGGCAGUCCUGGGGGAGCUGCUUGCAAAGCGAGUCUUUGGAAACAGGCCCGUGACCCUCGUGGGCUAUUCAUUGGGUUCCUUGGCGAUUUACGAAGCACUGUUAUACCUCGCAACGCUCCCACCCUCGGAAACAAUGCACCUAGUCCAGGACGUGUUCUUGUUUGGCACGCCAGCAAGCACAGAGCCUAGGCAGUGGUCCCAAAUUCGACGUGUGGUCGCGGGUCGGGUUAUCAACGGAUACGCAAAGGACGACUAUGUCUUGGCGGUGUUGUCCCGUGCGUCAACGGCUUCCUGGAGCAUUGCGGGACUCGAGCCGGUCCAUGUCAAAGGUGUCGAGAAUGUGCUUUGUGAAGGAGUAAAAGGACAUCUAUAUUGGCGGGCAAUGGUUGGACGGUGCUUGGAACAGUGUGAUGCUCCAGGCAUUAUUCCACGAGAGGUCGAGAUCCAAGACCAGACGGCGCUUAUUCCUGGCAGCGCCGAUCGGGGUGAUUGA